ACGGUCUUCACGCGCGCAGCCGGCCGGCGCGGCGCCGGCAGUGCUCGUUCCACCACGUUGCGUGGAGCGGCGAAGUCUGGGCGUAGUGCAGCGCGCGCUGUGCGGUCGGGAUGAGCGGUGCGUCCGCGUGGGUGAUGGUGCUGGUGAUGAUGUUGGUGCUGGCGCGUGCGGCCGAGGAGGAGGUGCGCGCCGUGAACAAGUGCUGCGCGGAGGGGCAGGUGCUGGACGCGGUGGGCGAGUGCACGCCGGCUCGCGAGGGGGUAGAGCGGGCCCCGUGGCUGGACCCGGCCGCCCUGCCCGCCGGUGCGACCCGUGGGUGGCGGCCGCUGCCCGGCUGGCCCGGUCGCCCUUGCCCUUGGGAACUCACCGCCAUAGCGCUCGCCACCACGCCCGGACGCAACUUGAAGGCGCGUCUCCUGGCCAACGCCUCUCUUCAGGCAAAUCCAUUUGACUGUGUGUCGCCGCCGGGCGUGGCGGCGACGCUGCCGGCCGCCGCGUUCUGCGCGGACGCGUGGACCCGGCGGCGAGGGCACGCGCGCGGACCCCUUCGUGGCGUGCGCGUGCGCGAGGGCGGGCGCCGCGUGCGUGCGCAAGUGCUGCCGCGAGGGCCACGGCGUGCUGUCGCGGCCGGCCCGUCGGCAGCUCCUCCUGCGAGCCCGAGCCGCCCGCCGCCGCCCUCUGGCGCCCGCGGGUCGCUCCGCUCGCGCACGCGGGGCAAUAGAGGCGAGCGGAAGGAAUCAAUUUCGGUGAGCACGUCGCCCGCGGCGUUGGUCUACUACCGGCCGUCCUCGUGCCCCGCGGGCAGCCUGCCCGUGCCGGUGAUGCGCCCCGCCACCGCCGCGGACCCCGCCCUCACCUUCGAGCUGCUGGCGGAGGGCAGCGCGCGCGCCGCGGCGCUCGGGGACCCCAACGCCACCUUCGCUGCCGAAGCAGUGUGUGCCGACCGCGUGCUGGAGGCGGGUCCCCAAGGUGACAACCAAAGUGACGUCACCGACUCUGACGACAUUUCGCUCAUAGCUUGCGAAGGAAACUUUGCUCUGUCACGACACUGA